UUCGUCGCAGAUAAUUUUUCGAAUUCGAAGGCAAAGAUGGAACAGAGGGAAGGAAGGUAGGUUGAUAUUGCCAGUUUGGAAGACUCAAAAUAGUAAGUAGUGAUUGGGAGUUACUAGUGUUUGCUUCCAUCAAAUAUGGGUAUGGCCUUUGGUUUCCCCAAGCAUUUCAAUUUGCUUGCAACCUUGGAAAUUAUAACAGCAACCCACCUCAAGUCCUUGACAUCUCUUGCCCAUAACACAAGCCACACAGAGGCCUCAAACUUUUACUCUUCUCUCAUUCAACAAUGCACACAGACAAAGUCCCUAAGAGGCUUGGGAAUAGUUCAGACCCAUAUGAUCAAAUCCGGGUACAUACAACUCACUAUAGCCAAUAAGCUCAUUGAUGGGUGUUUGAAAUGUGGUAGCUUACAUAAUGCACGUAAGGUGUUCGACGAAUUGCCUGAGAGACAUGUAGUCAUCUGGAAUGCCAUGAUUUCUUCAUACAUUGGCCACAAGAAGAGUAAGGAGGCUAUUGGGUUGUAUGGGAAGAUGGUCUUUGAUGGAGUUUUGCCGGAUGAGUACACGUUUUCCAGUGUUUUCAAGGCUUUUUCGGGUCUGGGUCUUGUAUAUGAAGCGCGGAGGGCUCAUGGGUUGUCAGUGGUUUUGGGUCUGGAGGUGGCAAAUGUGUUUGUUGGUAGUGCUCUUGUUGAUAUGUAUGCAAAGUUUGGUAGAAUGGGGGAUGCAAGGUUGGUGUCGAAUCGUGUUGGGGAGAAAGAUGUUGUUUUGUUUACGGCGCUGAUUGUUGGUUACUCUCAGCAUGGUGAUGAUGGUGAAGCUCUUGAGGUUUUUGGGGACAUGAUCAACCAAGGAGUUAAGGCUAAUGAGUAUACUUUUGCUAGCAUCUUGAUCACUUGUGGGAACUUGGAGGAUUUAACUCAUGGUAAGUUGGUCCAUGGUCUUGUUGUCAAAUCUGGUUGUGAAGCUGCUGUGGCGUCACAGACUUCACUUCUAACAAUGUAUGCUAGGUGUGGAUUGAUUGAUGAUUCUCUGAGGAUUUUUAAAAGGUUUCAGCAUCCAAACCUGGUAACUUGGACGUCUCUUAUCGUGGCUCUUGUUCGAAAUGGUAGAGAAGAGUUGGCUUUGACAAAGUUUAGAAAGAUGAUUCGUGAUUCAGUAGUUCCGAAUUCUUUUACUUUAUCUAGUGUUCUUCAGGCAUGCUCAAGCCUUGCUAUGAUGGAUGAAGGACAGCAAAUUCAUGCCACGGUCACAAAAUUUGGAUUGGAUAGACACAUAUAUGCUGGUGCUGCUCUCAUUAACUUGUAUGGGAAAUGCGGAAAUACAGAGAUGGCAAGGUCAGUUUUUGAUGCCUUGAUUGAAAUUGAUUUGGUCUCCAUGAAUUCCAUGAUAUAUAGCUAUGCGCAGAAUGGAUUUGGACAUGAAGCACUUCAGCUUUUUGAUGGGAUGAAAGACUUAAGACUUGAACCAAACGAUGUAACAAUUUUGAGUGUUCUCUUGGCAUGCAAUAAUUCAGGAUUGGUGCAACAAGGCUGCCAAAUUUUUUCUACCAUUAGGAGUAAUCACAAUAUUGAGUUGACAAGGGAUCACUAUGCUUGUAUGGUUGAUUUGCUGGGGCGUGCUGGAAGACUUGAAGAUGCCGAAAUGUUGAUAAAAGAAGUCAAAAAUCCAGAUUUAGUAUUAUGGAGGGCACUGCUAAGUGCAUGUAAACUUCAUGGACAGGUUGAGAUGGCAGAAAGAGCUCUAAAGAAAGUGCUUGAACUUGCUCCAGGAGACGGAGGAUCUCAUGUCCUGUUGACAAAUCUUUAUGCUUCAACUGGUAAUUGGAGUCAAGUUAUUGAUAUGAAAAUUACAAUGAGGGAGAUGAAAGUCCAGAAGAACCCGGCAAUGAGUUGGGUUGAUGUGGACAGGGAGGUUCACACUUUCAUGGCUGGAGAUUUGUCCCAUCCAAGAUCUAGAGAGAUAAAUGAAACCUUAGAGAAAUUGUUUGAGGAGGUGCAAAUAUUGGGUUAUGUUCCUGAUACAAGAUUUGUGUUACAGGAUUUGGAUGAGGAGAAGAAGAAGAGGUCUUUGUACUAUCACAGUGAAAAGCUAGCCAUUGCCUUUGCUCUAUUAGUGAGUAGUAAAAAGAAUACCAUCAUCAGGAUAUUCAAGAACCUUAAAGUUUGUGGGGACUGUCAUUCCUGGAUAAAAUUUGUCACCAGAGUUAUUGGGAGAGAAAUAAUUGCUCGGGACGCCAAAAGAUUUCAUCAUUUUAAGGAUGGGUGUUGUUCCUGUGGAGACUAUUGGUGACCCCCAAAUGUGACAUCUGGAUAUUGAUCUAGAUAAUCUUGUCUGCUGUUUGGAGUCACCAACUGUUUGAUUGGCUGUAAUUAAUCACACUUUAUGCUGCUGUUGCGAUCUUCUGCCAAAGUAUUGGUCUUCAGGGAUCUUGUUAGGGAAGCCUAGAAGGUAUCCCCAUAAACUGGAUGGCUCGGCUGAUAGAGCUUUUCUAUUUUGCUAAAUAUUUCUUUUCUAUCAAUACAACCACAGCUGCAUUGCAAUCUAUAGAUUUGUCAAGGAGGAUGUGCUUCACCAUUGACAGGUGAGAACCUAUGUAGAAAUCUGUUUAAUGUAGAAAUGAGCCGAAUGCUGAUUGAUUAAACUUCUGCAAAGAUGACUUUUGAAGGUUAUUUCUGUGUUGGACCCACUAAAGACUUUAAAGUUUCAAACCAAAGAAAUCGACUGAUAAGCUAUACAUCAGUGAUUGUUCUCUACAAGAGAAAUCUUCUAUAUGGGUUGUUUCAAGUUUCUUGCUCUGUUCCUUAAUGUAACACAUAGCAGAAAACCCAUAGUUGGUAUUAGCGAGAUGACAAAGAUUUAGAAGCCAUUGUUUUCAAUUACAAUCUGAACAGAAUUCCCCCAUGUCGGCGUCCAGUUCCGGUGCUCAAGCUAUCUGCCCAUGGGCGUUCAUGGGGUUCCUUGACUCGACUACUCCUCCGCCCACAGCUCCUCCUCCGCCCAAGGCGAAAACUUUCGCAUCAAUUGUUUCAGAUUCAAUUGAAUCAUCGGUGUCUCUUAGCCAACUACCUGCACCGAUUGUUCGCGGAGAUAAAACAUACAUUAAGAUCAAUGAGGCUCUUUAUCAGGAGCAAUUGAAAAGUUUCAAAACCAACCUCCUUGGUCGUCUACUACUCCGUAAAGGCUCUGCACCUUUGAAGACUGCUGAUCUCAUAAGCUUAAUUUAUGAAGAUUAUUUUUUGGAAUAUUCGGGGAUUAGCUAAUGCUCCUACAAGAACUGCUCUUCGUAGUUUGAUUAGAAAGCACUCCCCUGAUU